UUAAUUGACUAAGCCCUUAUUUCUUUGGUGAUAACGUUUUAUCUAACCACAUUAGUACUUGUUCAAUUUUGACGAACACACGUGCUUUUGCUAUGUGAAAUUUAUUUUAAAAAAAGAGUUCUGUGAUAUUUGUUUGUUCAGCUGACUUUUUGUUGUGAGAAAAUGGUUGAAGGAUCUGUAGAUCUACAAGAGCUGCAGAAGUUAAGGAAUGAAGAACAAGAUGAGGCGCGAAAAACAGAAUCGGAGAGAAAGUUUCGAUUCCUCCUUGAACCAGCACUGGUCGGGGCCAUGGUUGCCAUCAAUCUAGGGCAGACUUCCCUGCAGAACUUUUAUUUGCGCACAGCUUGCUCUGUGGAUUUAGGAUAUAGCAAAGACAUAUGCGACUCAUUGGGAGGAGGACAUUACGAGGCGGAGAGUCAAAAAAUAGUAUCAGGGGUGAACAUAAGCCGCAGUUUCGUCGGUUCCCUCAUUUCAACAGUGGUACUAUUAUUCGUAGGCCCUUGGAGUGACUGCAGCGGUCGUCGGAAACCACUCCUUAUCAUGCCUUUAGUUGGCAUGAGCGUGAUGACAACAGGUGUCUUGCUUCUUCUGACUUUUCCUGGAGCGAACACUGUGCAAGUGUUAUACGCCGUACAGAUCCCAAUGUCGUUUGGAGGAAAUUUUGGGUUGUUACUCGCUGCAGCGUUUAGCCAUAUUGGUGACAUAUGCCACGCUACUGGCCGCGACGUAACCCGCACUAUGGGCACUCACCGCGCCGCUAUCCAAGUAGCCCAUGUUAUAGGCUCUAUCAGUGGACCUUGGCUCUUCCAUGGCCUCGGAUACUACGGUGUGUUUAGCAUUGUAUUAUUGCUGCAGGUUUUCUCCUUAGCAUACGUGAUAUUUGUCGUAAAGGAUGUCGACGUAAAUACAGAUAAUAAAGUCUCUGUUUUUAAUUGGAGAUUACCUUUCAAUGCUGUUAUUUGUCUCGUAAAACCUAGAGAAGGAUACAAAAGAGUUAUUAUACUACUAAUGUUAGUGGUCGCUUUAGGGGACCGGAUGAUGUUAUCUGCGGAAGUUCUUCUAUCGUACAUGUACUAUAGAUAUAAGUUCAACUGGACCGACGUCAUGUUUGGUUCCUUCCUCGCUUACAGAAAUAUUGUUAGUUUUAUUGGGACCCUCCUAAUCCUAGCAGUAAUGAAGCGUCGCCUGCAAUUCUCAGACGAGGUGGUAGGCUUUUUCAGCUGCAUGUCCUAUAUUUUAGCCACAUUGGGCCUCAUUGCGACUACCUCCGCUUGGUGUGUUUUCUUGCUGCCACUCAUCGGCAUCAUCGCUCAAGGUUCCCAAGUGGUACAAAGACCUAUAUUGAACAAGCAAAUUUUGCCCAACGAGCAAGGUAAAAUAUACAGCGUGCUUGGUGCUUUAGAAUCGGCGACUCAAACUUUAUCAUCGCCUUUAUAUUCUUUAUUGUAUAAUAAAACUGUCGCAUCAAUGCCUGACGCCUGGCUGAUUCCAGGCAUUGCCUUGGCUGCAUUACAAUCCUUGACAUACAUGACUACGAGAAAACUUCGUAGAAGUCAAGAACCGGCGGCGUCACAAGAGAAAAAUAUUCCAUUACGAAAGAGAGAAGAUAAAAUAUUAGAACAUUGUAAUGAAAAAAAUAAUGAAUCGAAAAGCAGGACUCAAAGUAAUUAG